UUGGUGAUGCUGAAUCAGCAGGAAUCACGUAGGAAAACCAGCGAACAAAUUGGACGCUAAAUCCAGUCGUCCUCUGGAAGCUACCGACGAUGUUCGAGGAUGAAUCCGGGUUCGGAGCACGGCAUCGGCGCUGGUAUCAACUGCAUGGUCAUCUUCUUCGCUAUUGGACCUAUCCUGAUGAUGAAAAAUACAAGCCUCCAAUCGGAAGUAUUGAUUUGCUGAAGUGCUCAGAAAAAUUCCGACGUCCACCACCGCCGGAUGAUGUUGAAUCGCUGGUGCUAGCAAAGCAAGGCAAUACUGCUAUUCAGUGGUAUUUGCUGUCUGCUGAUUGUGAGUAGUAUUAAGAUGAGUAUCUUAGUUAGUUAUUAGUUAAAAUUAUGAGUUCGAUGAGCA